ACCUCUUCUUUCCCGGGUAGGAAUGAGACCUAUGUGUGUGGAGCUGGGAUGACCCCAAUAUUCUGAACCGUUUUGCUUUUUUUUUGUGGUGGCCCGGGACCUUCUCGGACCGAAUGCGCGCAUUCACGCAUAUCUUCACUCACUCACUCACUCACUCACUCACUCACUCACUCACUCACUCACUCACGCACACACACAAACAAAACACCACACAUCAUAUUCCGCGUCUGCAAACCAACGAACAGCGCAGGCAGGUUUUGCUCUGCGAAAGGCUGUCUUGCAGACUACACUCGAGAAGAGUUACGGAGUGUAGUCUACUUAUCCCCUACGAUUUUUGGUGUAUGAAAAAAAUUAACAUUAUAUAAAGAGGAGCAGUACAAUCAAUCGUGGAUCUCGGAUAUGGCAGGUGUGAAGACAUUCGACCUUGUUGUUGGAGUUGUUUUAGUUUUUCUGUCUCUUGGAAAUGCGUUUCAAGAGCCCGGACAGGACCCGACAAACGGGGACUCCUACUCCCACGUGCAAGGGCAGCCUCUGGAUAAGGAGGACAUGGCGGUUGAUGUGAAGCUGUACAGUCACCGGUGGAGGAGGUGGCUGUCCCCAGAAGAGCCACGUAACAGGGACAGCAACAGGGCCAGCCAGGACCAAGAGCAGGGUCAGGAUCAGGGUCAAGACCAACCUGAUGGGAGUUUCCCAGGCCUGCUCUCAGCAGAGGACAGCCAGGACACUGACAACAGCUCCCAGAUAGAGGAGGACACAGAUCACAACUACUACACAUCGAAGACCUACGGCCCCACGGACCCCAUGAGCAAAGACUUGUGGGUAAACGUUGACCAGAUGGACAAGGACAAGGUGAAGAUCCAUGGCAUCCUGUCCAACACUCACAGGCAAGCUGCGAGAGUAAAUCUUUCCUUCGAUUUUCCCUUCUAUGGACAUUUCCUGCGUGAUCUCACCGUGGCAACUGGUGGGUUCAUCUACACAGGGGACGUGGUCCACAGAAUGCUGACGGCCACCCAGUACAUCGCCCCCCUCAUGGCCAACUUUGACCCUAGUGUCUCCAGGAACUCAACCGUCAUCUACUUCGACAAUGGCACUGCUCUGGUGGUCCAGUGGGAUCAUGUCCACCUGCAAGACAACUACAACCUGGGUAGCUUCACCUUCCAGGCCACACUGCACAGCGACGGCAGGAUUGUCUUCGCCUACAAAGAGAUUCCAAUGGAGGUGGCCCAGAUCAGCUCCGUCAAUCACCCGGUGAAAGUGGGCCUCUCCGAUGCCUUUGUGGUGGUCCACAGGAUCCAGCAGAUACCCAAUGUUCGUCGGAGAACGAUCUAUGAGUACCAUCGUGUGGAGCUGACAAAGACCAAAAUCACCAACUCUACAGCAGUGGAGAUGAUGCCUCUACCGACGUGUCUCCAGUUCACCAGCUGUGACAGCUGCAUCUCCUCCCAGAUCAACUUCAACUGCAGCUGGUGUCACCUCCUUCGCAGGUGUUCCAGUGGGUUUGACCGCCAUCGGCAGGACUGGGUUGAUAACAGCUGUCCUGAUGAGACCAAAGACAAACGCUGUGAUAUCAUCAGCACCACACAACUCGAUCCAUUCAUCACCACGUUAGUUGCCAAAACAACAGGCCAGAGCAGAAGCCGAGGAGAGACCACCACAGCCGGAGCCUCCUCGUCCACAUCCCGACCCCCAACCAGCGUCCCCACUGAAGAUGACACCAAGAUUGCUCUACAUCUUAAAGACAAUGGAGCGAUGCCAAAGGAGAGUGCUGCGGAGAGGAAGGACACACACCCACUGCACACUGGCCUGAUCCUGGGCAUUCUCGUGGUCUUGCUCAUCAUGGCAGCCGCAGUCCUGGUCACUGUCUACAUCUACCACCACCCUACAUCAGCCGCAAGCCUCUUCUUCAUCGAGAGACGUCCCAGCAGGUGGCCGGCCAUGAAGUUCCGUCGAGGGUCGGGUCACCCGGCCUACGCGGAGGUGGAGCCCGUGGGCCAGGAGAAGGAGGGCUUUAUUGAGUCUGAGCAGUGCUAAGGGGCAUGCACCGCUCCCCCCCAAUGCGACUGAUUGACGCUGGUCUCUUGUUUUGUCGAUUCAAAUGCUCACUGUCAAUAUUGUGAAAUGAGAUGAGAAAAUCGUGGUGGUGUCACUUUGAAAUCCCCAUGCUUUUUUUCUGGUGGUCUGAGAGUAAGGCCUUGUGUUUGGUGGACUACCACGGUGAACCUUCAAACCUGGCUUGUUCAACAGAGAGCUGAUCUGAGAGCUGCUGAGGGAGGGUCACUGCCAGAGGGACUGUGCUGUGGGAAAACGUUAAACUGAUCUCAAGUCAGUUCUUCAGUCCAAGCCCAAAGUCUUCGAACACUUCACACUCACGGUGGUGAACGUGACUGACUUCUUGGGGACAGAGUGAACGUAACGGUGUCAUUGAGUGGGUUGUACAGUGUGACUGCCCUACACUGGUGGUGUGUGAUGUGAGGGGGGAGUAGUAGGAAGAAUUAUACAGUAUAUUUUUCAGAAAGAAUACAGAGAAUGUGAACAGAGAUCUUGACUUUAAAUGUUGGUGAGGCUAUAUAGGCCUUUAUAUAUCCUUUGAGGUUUUGCUAAUUUACUGUUCCAUGUUGGGUUUCUUUCUGUUGCUUUUUUAACUGGGGUUUUAUUAUUCCUAAUCAGUGAGGGGAUUUUGUCUUGCUUUCCACUACCAUAAUAAGGCUUCUUUAUCGUAGCUUUUUACUUCAUAGCGUGGUUCAAUAGUGUGAUAUGCUCCUGCUACUGCCCCUCAUCUCACCCAGGAGUAGCAGGCUUUUGUUGGUAUCUCUUUUUUUUUUACAUAAAGUUUGUUUCAUUUUUUUAAACGUUUUUUUUUUUUUUACAUUGAUUUCAGUACUGCCGUGCCAUUCUUUCCCUGACUGGAGUUUGCUCAACAUUCUUUGCACAAAGUUGUUCAUGCACAUACAUCUUUAUUUCAUUUGGUACAAUUGCAAAAUUGCGAGACAGGCGCUUUGUGAGUGUGUGUGGUUGUGUGUAUGCAUGGUCUAAACGUGAGUGAGUGUGUGUGUGUGUCUCUAUGUGUGUAUGUGUGUGUGUGUUGUGUUGUGUUGUGUUGUGUGUGUGUGUGUGUUUGGAUAUCAACCUGCUUAUAGGUGGCUCAGUUUGAGCUGGGUCUGUGUAAUUGAUGCUGAGUGGUUGACCAGAGGUACUUUUACAUACCUGGCUUGAGUUUGCCUGGGUUUUGAUUUUAUGUGUACAAUGUGGUUUUCAAGUAGUUUGACCUAAGGGCGUCAAUUGGGUAUGGCAGUCCCCAUACCCUAGCUCAAUACUAACAAUUUAAAAUAGGCUACUAAAAUCAUUCCAAUCCCGAUUUACAAGACAAAUGCAGUUUAGCAGUAUUAGCGGGGUGGCUUUAGGACCAAACAUCCAUCGAAACGGGAUGGUGAACAGCACAACAUUAAUUUUAAAACAGUGUAGAUGUAGAAGAUUGCUGUAGAUGGCUAAAAUGCUAGGUAACUGUCGUUUGACUUGGAAUUAAAUGAGUUUUUAAUCCCACAUCUGAGCUAGGGCAUCGCAGCUAAUUGCUGUAUGACGUGUUUGAGGUAAAUUUCAUUUUUGCUGUUCUCCAAAUAGCAUUUCGUACUUUUUAAAUUGUGUAGAAAUGCAUUAAAUAAGCUUAAAAAUGUAUGAAAAUUGCUUGGAAUCACCCUCUCCCCGUCACUUUGCCAUACCCUAUGUUUGCCAUAGAGUGGCGGAGAGGUCUAAGUCACUACAGACCCUAGUUCGAUCCCAGGCUAUAUCACAACCAUUCAUGAUAGGGAGUCCCAUAGGGUGGCGAACAAUUUGCCCAGCGCCGUCCGGGUUAGGGGAAGGUUUGCCCGGGCUAGGCCGUCAUUGUAAAUACGAAUUUGUUCUUAACGGACUUGCCUAGUUAAAUAAAAAAUUUAAAAAGCUGAAAUGAUGACCCUGGUUUGACCUGCUCUUGUACAGGACUGGAGAAUAUGGAGUGAGAAAUCUGCCAAAAUGUUAAACGAAUGUAACAUUAGAAUCGUAAAUCACUUUGGGGAGAUUUUUGGCAGAUAUCUAACCCCAUACUGUUCCAGCUCUUGUCUAUAUUAAUGGAUGUCAUUUAACCCUAGCAUAGCAUAGUGCCUUCACAAAGCAUUCACAAGCCUUGACUUUUUCCACAUUUUGUUGUGUUUCAGCCUAAAUUUAAAAUGCAUUCAAUUGAGAUUUUGUGUCACUGGCCUACACACAAUAUCCCAUAAUGUCAAAGUUGGAAAAAUGUUUUUCGAAAUGUAAUUACAAAUGAAUUAAAAAUGAAAAGCUGAAAUGUUUUGAGUCAAUAAGUAUUCAACCCCUUUUGUUAUGGCAAGCCUAAAUAUGUUCAGGAGUAAAAAUGUGCUUAAGAAGUCAAAUAAUAAGUUGCAUGGACUCACACUUUGUGCAAUAAUAGGAUUUAAUGACUACCUCAUCUCUGUACCCCACACAUACAAUUAUCUGUAAGGUCCUUCAAUCGAGCAGUGAAUUUCAAACACAGAUUCAACCCCAGAGACCAUAGAAGUUUUCCAAUAACUUGCAAAAAAAGAUCACCUAUUGGUAGAUGAAAAAAUAAAAUAAUGUUGAUUAUCCCUUUGAAGUUAUUAAUUACACUUCCGAUGGUGAAUCAAUACACCAGUCACUACAAAGAUACAGAUGUCUUUCCUAAUUCAGAUGCCGGAGAGGAAGGAAACCGCUCAGGGAUUUCACCAUGAGGCCAGUGGUGAUUUUAAAACAGUUAGAGUGAUAGGAGAAAACUGAGGAUGGAUCAACAACAUUGUAGUUUCUCCACAAUACUAACCUAAAUGACAUAGUGAAAAGAAGGAAGCCUGUACACAAUACAAAUAUUCCAAAAUAUAAAAAUAAAGCACUAAAGUAAAACUGCAAAAAAUGUGGCAAAUAAAUAAACUUCAUGUCUGUCCUGACUACAAAGCAUUAUGUUUGGGACAAAUCCAACACAUCACUGAGUACCACUCUCAUAUGUUCAAGCAUGGUGGUGGCUGCAUCAUGUUAUGAGUAUGCUUGUCAUCGACAAGGACUAGGGAGUUUUUUUUAGGAUAAAAAUAAAUGAAAUAGAGCUAAGCACAGGCUGAAUCCUAAAGGAAAACCUGGUUCUGUCUGCUAUCAAACAGACACUGGAAGACAAAUUCACCUUUCAGCAGGACAAUAACCCAAAACAAAAGGCCAAAUAUACUCUGGAGUUGCUUACCAAGACGUAAUUGAAUGAUCCUGAGUGGCUUAGUUAUAGUUGUCUUAAAUCGGAUUGAACAUCUAUGGCAAGACUUGAAAAUGACUGUCUAGCAUUGAUAAACAGCAAACUUGACAAAGUUUGAAGAGUAAUGCACAGAAAUGGUACAAUCCAGCUGUAAUCACUGCCAAAAGGUGAUUCUAACAUGUAUUGACUCAGGGGUGUGAAGUAUAUAGAGUACCAGUCAAAGGUUUGGACACACCUAUUCAUUCAAGGGUUUAUUUUUUAUUUUCUACAUAGUAGAAUAAUAGUGAAUACCUCAAAACUAUGAAAUAACACAUAUGGAAUCAUGUAGUAACCAAAAAAGUGUUAAACAAAUCAAAAUAUAUUUUAUAUUUGAGAUUCUUCAAAGUAGCCACUCUUUGCCUUGAUGAAAGCUUUGCACACUAUUGGCAUUCUCUCAAGCAGCUUCAUGAGGUAGUCACAUGGAAUGCUUUUCAACAGUCUCACAUGCUGAGCACUUGCUGGCUGCUUUUCCUUCACUCUGCAGUCCAACAUACACACAUAUGCACUUAGAUUUAGUACUGGACACAUGUGGUAGUGGUGGAGUAGGGGCCUGAAGGCACACAGUGUGUUGUGAAAUCUGUGAAUGUAUUGUAAUAUUUUUUAAAUUGUAUAAACUGCUGGAACCCAGUAAGAGUAGCUGCUGCCUUGGCAUUGCAGACCAACUCAUCCUAAACCAUCUCAAUUGGGUUGAGUUCGGAUGAUUGUGGAGGCCAGGCCAUCUGAAGCAGCACUCCACCACUCUCUUUCUUGGUCAAAUAGCCCUUAAACAGCCUGGAGGUGUGUUUUGGGUUAUUGUCCUAUUGAAAAACAAAUGAUAGUCCCACUAACACAAACCAGAUGGGAUGCUGUAUUGCUGCAGAAUGCUGUGGUAGCCAUGCUGGUUAAGAUUGCCUUGAAUUCUAAAUAAAUCACUGACAGUGUCACCAGCAAAGCACCCCCACACCAUAACACAAACUCCUCCAUGCUUCACGGUGGGAACCACACAUGCGGAGAUCAUCCAUUCACCUACUCUGCGUCUCACAAAGACACGCUGGUUGGAACCACAAAUCUCAAAUUUGGACUCAUCAGACCAAAGGAUAGAUUUCCACCGGUCUAAUGAUCACUGCUCGUGUUUCUUGGCCCAAGCAAGUCUCUUCUUCUUAUUGGUGUCCUUUAGUAGUGGUUUCUUUGCAGCAAUUCGACCAUGAAGGCCCGAUUCACACAAUCUCCUCUAAACAGUUGAUGUUGAGUUGAGUGAAUGUUACUUGAACUCUGUGAAGCAUUUAUUUGGGCUGCAAUCUGAGGUGUACUUAAUUGCAGAUUUCUGAGGCUGGUAACUCUAAUGAAUGUAUCCUCUGCAGCAGAGGUAACUCUGGUACUUCCUUUCCUGUGGCGAUCCUCAUGAGAGCCAGUUUCAUCAUAGCGCUUGAUGGUUUUUGCGACUGCACUUUCAAAGUUCUUGAAACUUGAUAGAUUGACUGACCUUCAUGUCUUAAAGUAAUGAUGGACUGUUGUUUAUCUUUGCUUAUUUGAGCUGUUCUUGUCAUAAUAUGGACUUGGUCUUUUACCAAAAAGAGAAUGCCAAGAGUGUGCAAAGCUGCCAUCAAGGCAAAGGGUGGCUACUUUGAAGAAUGUCAAAUGUAAAAUAUAUUUUGAAUUGUUUAACACUUUUUUGAUUACUACAUGAUUCCAUAUGUGUUAUUUCAUAGUGUUGAUGUCUUCACUAUUAUUAUACAAUGUAGAAAAUAGUAAGAAUAAAUAAAAACCCUGAAAUUAGUAGGUGUGUCCAAACUUUUCACUGGUACUGUAUGUAAAUGUGAUAUUUCUGUCAUUCAUUUUCAAUAAAUUUGCUAAAGUUUCUUAAACAUGUUUUUACAUUGUCAUUAUGGGGUAUGUGUGUAGCUGCGUGAGAGAGAAAAACAUUAUUUAAAGCAUUUUGAAUUUAGGCUGUAACUACAAAAUGUGGAAUAAGUCAAGGGGUAUGGAUACUUUCUGAAGGCCCUGUAUAAACAGGGGCAUAAACCUUUGUAGAUUGCCUCAAAACAUGUACAGAUUCAGGUUAUGAAUGGAAAAUCUUGCAUAUUACAUGUUAGAUUGUUACUAUUUUGUCUUUCUUUUUGAGUGACCUCUUUUUUUAUUCAAAUGUGAAAUAAUGAAUCAAUCAUUACAUAUCUGCUGUUGCUGAUCGAUAUACAGGACAAGGCUUUCACGCAUUGAUCAAAUCAAACAAAAACAAUUUUUUUGUUGCUUCAUACUUAUGAUUUACAGUACCAGUCAAAAGUUUGGACACACCUACUCAUUCAAGAGGUUUCGUUAUUUUUACUAUUUUCUACAUUGUGGAAGAAUAGUGAAAACAUCAAAACUAUGAAAUAACACAUGGAAUCAUGUAGUAACCAAAAGAGUUUCAAACGAAUCAAAAUACAGUUGAAGUCGGAAGUUUACAUAGAGUUAGGUUUGAGUCAUUAAAACCUCUUAAGGAUUAGCCCCUUUUUUUCAAUUUUCACCUAAAAUUACAAAUCUAACUGCCUGUAGCUCAGAACCUGAAGCAUGGAUAUGCAUAUUCUUGGUACCAUUUGAAAACAAACACUUGGAAGUUUAUGGAAAUGUGAAAGGAAUGUAGUAGAAUAUAACACAAUAGAUCUUGAAAAAGACAAUACAAAAGAAAAAACUAACCGUUCUUUUGUAUUUUUUUUGUACCAUCAUCUUUGAAAUGCAAGAGAAAGGCCAUAAUGUAUUAUUCCAGCCUAGGUGCAAUUUAGAUUUUGGCCAGUAGAUGGCUUCAGUGUAUGUGAAAAGUUUGACUGAUCCAAUGAACCAUUGCCUUUCUGUUCAAAAUGUUGUAUCAGGACUGCCCAAAUGGGACUAAUUUGUUUAUUAAUAACUUUUCAUGUUCAAAAUUGUGCACUCUCCUCAAACAAUAGAAAGGUAUUUUUUCACUGUAACAGCUACUGUAAAUUGGACAGUGCAGUUAGAUGAACAAGAAUUUAAGCUUUCUGACAAUAUCAGACAUGUCUAUGUCCUGGGUCAUUUUCUUGUUACUUACAACCUCAUGCAAUCGCAUUAGCCUACGUUAGCUCAACCGUCCCAUGGAAGGGACAACGAUCCCAAGAAAGUAAAUUAACACUCAUUUUUCAACCACUCCACAAAUUUCUUGUUAACAAACUAUAGUUUUGGCAAGUUGGUUAGGACAUCUACUUUGUGCAUGACAAGUAAUUUUUCCAACAAUUGUUUACAGACAGAUUAUUUCACUCAUAAUUCACUGUAUCACAAUUCCAGUGGGUCAGAAGUUUACAUACACUAAGUUGACUGUGCCUUUAAACAGCUUGGACAAUUCGAGAAAAUGAUGCCAUGGCUUUAGAAGCUUCUGAUAGGCUAAUUGACAUAAUUUGAGUCAAUUAGAGGUGUACCUGUGGAUGUAUUUCAUGGCCUACCUUCAAACGUAGUGCCUCUUUGCUUGACAUCAUGGGAAAAUAAAAAGAAAUCAGCCAAGACCUCAAAAAAAAUUGUACACCUCCACAAGUCUGGUUCAUCCUUGGGAGCAAUGCUACCAAAUACUAAUUGAGUGUAUGUAAACUUCGGAUCGACUGGGAAUAUGAUGAAAGAAAUAAAACCUGAAAUAAAUAAUUCUCUCUACUAUUAUUCUGACAUUUCACAUUCAUUAAAUAAAGUGGUGAUCCUAACUGACUUAAGACUGGGAAUUCUUACUAGGAUUAAAUGUCAGGAAUUGUGAAAAAUGAGUUUUAAUGUAUUUGGCUAAGGUGUAUGUAAACUUCCAACUUCAACUGUACACUUUAUAUUUUAGAUUCUUCAAAGUAGCCACCCUUUGCCUUCAUGAAAGCUUUGCACACUCUUGGCAUUCUCUCAACCAGCUUCAUGAGGAAUGCUUUUCCAUCAGUCUUGAAGGAGUUCCCACAUAUGCUGAGCACUUGUUGGCUGCUUUUCCUUCACUGCAGUCCAACUAAUCCUAAACCAUCUCAACUGGGUUGAGGUCGGGUGUUGUGGAGGCCAGGUCAUCUGAUGCAGCACUCCAUCACUCGCCUUGGUCAAAUAGCCCUUACAUAGCCUGGAGGUGUGUUUCUGGUCAUUGUCCUGUUGAAAAACAAAUGAUAGUCCCACUAAGUGCAAACCAGGUGGGAUGCCGUAUCGCUGCAGAAUGCUGUGGUAGCCAUGCUGGUUAAGUGUGUCUUGAAUUCUAAAUAAAUCACUGAGAGUGCCACCAGCAAAGCAUCCCCACACCAUCACACCUCCUCCUCUAUGCUACACGGUGGGAACCACACAUGCGGAGAUAAUCUGGUCACCUACUCUGCGUCUCACUAAGACACGGCAGUUGGAACUAAAAAUCGCAAAUUUGGACUCAACAGACCAAAGGACAGAUUUCCACCGGUCUAAUGUCCACUGCUCAUGUUUCUUGGCCCAAGCAAGUCUCUUCUUCUUAUUGGUGUCCUUUAGUAGUGGUUUCUUUGCAGCAAUUCGACCAUGAAGGCCUGAUUCACACAAUCUCCUCUAAACAGUUGAUGUUGAGUUGAGUGAAUGUUACUUGAACUCUGUGAAGCAUUUAUUUGGGCUGCAAUCUGAGGAUGCAGUUAACUCUAAUGAACAUAUCCUUUGCAACAGAGGUAACUCUGGGUCUUCCUUUCCUGUGCCGGUCCUCAUGAGAGCCAGUUUCAUCAUAGCGCUGAAAGGUUUUUGCGACUGCACUUGAAGAAACUUUCAAAGUUCUUGAAAUGUUCUAGAUUGACUUUCUCUUUUUUUUUUUUUACCAAAUAGGACUAUCUUCUGUAUGCCACCCCUACCUUGUCACAACACAACUGAUUGGCUCAAACGCAUUAAGAAGGAAAUAAAUUUGACAAAUUAACUUUUAACAAGGCACACCUGUUAAUUGAAAUGCAUUCCAGGUGACUACCUCAUUAAGCUGGCUGAGAGAAUGCCAAGAGUGUGCAAAGCUGUAAUCAAGGCAGUGUGGCUAUUUUGAAGAAUCUCAAAUAUAUUUUGAUUUGUUUAACAUUUUUUUGGUUCCUACAUGAUUCCAUAUGUGUUAUUUCAUAGUUUUGAUGCCUUCACUAUUAUUCUACAAUGUAUAAAAUAAGAAAAAUAAAGAAAAAUCCUGGAAGGAGUACGUGUGUCCAAACCUUUGACUGGUACUGUAUAUACUAUAGCAAGACCAACCAAACAAACAAAAUGAAAAGUAUUUCAACAUAAAUUGUAGAUUGAUCUGAGAAAUAUGCCUUGGGUUACAAUAGUAAACACUGUACUAUUUACAAUUACAAAAGUGGAUUCUACAGAAAAUUAUCCCAAUGUGCAAUAUAACAUCUUUAUAACAUUCAUCUAGUUUCAUUAUUCAAAGGUUUAGUGAUAUCAUAGAUGGAAUUAUUUAGGGUUACGUCAUCUAUUUUGAAUGAAUCCCCCAUUGCACUGAGACCAAAGACCCAUCAUAAUGUUUAUUUUGUCUGCAUACUAAAAUGUUCUCUACCCUGUACCGUGAGAGCUUCUCUGGGUCCCAAUGUUCCCAAUCUCUCACUCCACUCCCCACCGGCCCAAUGAUAUCCCACCACUUAACGUUGAACCAAACCACUGCAUCUCCUAUGGCAGUCACCACUUUGAACACACCACCUCAGACCUAUAUUCACUCAGACACACACGCAGAGAAACACACACGCAGAGAAAUACACACACACACACAGAACUCAACUCCUGCUUCAUAACUAGUCCAAUCUACAGAGGUUGAGUGACUGAGCACAGUGACCCACUACUCCACUCUACUGUAGGACCCAAGGGCUUUCAAGCCUCCUGCACGAGAGCCACCCUUUCAUGACGCCCUAUAAUAUCAGAUUAUUUUCCAAAACGGUGUGAAAAAGCAGAUGGGACGGAGUAUUUGGUGACAACCCCAAAAUGGCUUUUCCAUGCCUACAGACAUCUUCAUCUAAGUCCCACAUGUUACCCUAUUCUCUACAUAGUGCACUAUAAAGGGAAUAGGGUGCCAUUUGGGACUUAGACAGAUUGGCUGAGUGGAGAAAUGCUGUGUAGUUUGGGCAUUCUGGGACAUCUGCUUGUUCCACUCUGCCACCGGAAACUGCUAAUGUUUUUAUAGCCACUCCAAAUCUGUGUCCCAAAUGGCACUCUAUUCCUUAUUUAGUGCGCUAGUUAGACCAACCAGGAGCCAUAGGGCUCUGGUCAAAAGCAGUGUUCUAUAUAGGGAAAAGGUUGUCAUUCAGUAGGCCUGAGCGUUCAGUCUAUGUUACACAGAGCGAUUGCAACACUUUCAAACUAGCUGGUCUGUGAUAAGAAAGCUAUUUGUGUUUAUCCAGUAAUCACUUGCAUCACUAAUCUCACACUGAUUGCUUUCACCCAACUUGCUCUUGACAUGCUUUUUUAGAUUGAGAAAAGCAACAUUGUGCUGUUGUUGAGAUAGGGUGCACUCUACUGCAGAGUGCUGUUACUCUUUUUUCCAGACAAAUGAGGUGAAACGAACGAUGUAACUCAACAGUGUUUGCCUGAUCUCAAAAUGGAGGACAGAGGAUUCAAAUUUCUUCUAAACUGUGACCCUAUGUUUUGUUCCGAUCUCAUUGGAAAAUUCUUUAGGAAACGAUGACUCGACAUUAGAGCCUAAAAAAAAAAAAUCACACAAUACCCUAGCAGCCUGUAAUUUCUGUAACUACUGUGAUUUUGAUUGCAUUUUAAAUAAUAAAGUUGUUUAAAUCACA